GAGCGGUUCCGUUGCAGAUUUGACAGCAGGUCCGUUUUUUUUUUUUGUACCUCUUUGCUUUCUUUAUUCCACCCUGCCUCGCUGUUUCUUUCUCUAUUUAAACGCCCCGAAGCCUGCCGUAUGUGUGUAUUUAUUUAUUUAUGCAUCUUACUUGAAAGUAUUUAGGCUUUUGUUUUUUGUUUGUUUUUUUGUUUUUUACAUUUUAGUCGCUCCUCAAAUGAGAAGACGUAAAAGAUGGAGCUUCAUAUUUUAGAGCACAGCUUGAAAGUGGCGAGUAUAGAGAAAGAGGGGAUCCAGAUUUGCACCCACGGAUUAAUAAAACUCGCUUUCCUGGCCUCCAAAACAAGAUGCAAGUUUUUCAGUUUGACAGAGACUCCGGAGGACUACACCAUAAUCGUCGAUGAGGAAGGCUUUAAAGAGUUGCCCCAGUCAGAGCACAUCAGUGUUGCUGAUGCCACGUGGUUGGCCCUGAACGUGGUGUCAGGGGGCGGCAACGCCUCCAAUUCGCAGCCCAUCGGAGUCACCAAAAUUGCUAAAUCAGUCAUUGCACCGCUGGCCGACCACAACAUCUCUGUUUUCAUGCUGUCGACGUAUCAGACGGACUUCAUUCUGGUUCGGGAGCGAGACCUGCCGAUGGUCAUGCACACGCUGUCUUCCGAAUUCACUUUGCUCCGGGUGGUCAACGGGGAGACUGUUGCUGCUCACAGUCUGGGAGUCACCAAUGGUUUUGUGAAGCCAAAACUUGUGCCCCGUCCAAUCAUUCACCCCUUAUCUAGUCCCAGCAACAUGUUCUGUGUGACCAGCCUGGACCCAGACACACUGCCCUCUGUAGCCACCCUGCUCAUGGAUGUCAUGUUUUACUCUGGAGGGCCAAAGGAGCCUGGAGCGUCCAGCGAGGACUCCAGCCACAUCCGCUUCUUCUCCUUCUCCCUGAUCGAGGGCUACAUCUCUCUGGUCAUGGACGAGCAGACAACUCAAAGGUUUCCAAACAAUGUCCUCUUCACGAGUGCUUCUGGUGAGCUUUGGAAAAUGGUUCGUAUUGGAGGACAACCUUUAGGAUUUGAUGAGUGCGGCAUCGUGGCUCAAAUAUCAGAACCCCUGGCAACGGCUGACAUUCCAGCUUACUACAUUAGUACCUUCAAGUUUGACCACGCCCUGGUUCCCGAAGAAAACAUCCAAAGUGUGAUCGGAGCACUGCGGACCAAGAGCACGGCGCAGUGAAGGAAGCCGGAGGGAAAAAAACGAUGAAAACGACCGUUUUCAAAGUCAUUUCGUUCAAACGUUUAUCAUGUCCAAAAAGUGCCAAGAGCUUAUUAGUGGACUACUGUGGAUCGGCUCUGAAAGGAAGGGAUUUAACCACAAAGCGUGGGUGGCGUACGGCAGGGAGGGGGAGUUUGACAGUGUGUUAGGGAUGCCUUUGUUACUCGGUCAUUUUCUUUACCCCCGCCCCUCCCUCCUUCCUUGGCACUCGGGGCCCUCCACUGCCUGCUCUGGUAGUUGUUGCAUUAGUUUACCAGACUGAAUAUGUUUCUUCUCCUCUCUAAAGCUGCUUCUUCCCACUCCCCGACCCUCAUGAGCACCAUACUGUAUUAGUUACAUAAUUCCUCUCAUGGAAGGAUGACGAAUGUACUCUCAAAAAAAAACGAAAGAAAAAUAUAUAUAUAUAUCAAGCUCUCCAUAUUUUUUUUCUUCUUUUUUGUUUUCCACAGGUCAUUUCUCAGUGCCAAGAUGUUUGAAUGCCUAAACCGAUGCCUUUGUCAAAAUACUAUUCUUGUGUGCAAUUGAAGGAGACAAUUUCUGAGACAGCCAGCGAUGACAGACUGCCUAGCUGAGUAAUAUGAUGGGUUAUUUUUGCUUUUAGUGGCUGUUAAACAUGUUUUAAUGACAGCAAUGAUCUGACUGGUCGGGAGUCCCUCAGACUUAGAAGUUAAAUUCAGAUGUUUGGUGAAAACAUGAUGAUCUUGAUGAAGAAAUAUUAUUUUUAGUGUUUUAAAAAGUAAUUCACACUGUGAGCAACAUGAUUGAUGGAUUUUAUCUUUGUAGUGGGACUACAAAGUUUUAAACAAACUUUUUUUUUAUGGAUUCUUCUCAAUUUAUGUGGAGUCGCGGUUGAAAGUCUGAUUAGUUUAUUAAUUGAUUAUUUAAUCUAGAGAAAGUUAAUCUAUGGCAAUUUUGAUAUUUGAGUAAAAAACAUUUUCAUGACACAAUUUCUGAAAUUGAAAAACUUAUUUAACUCAGUUUUAUACUGUUCGUUGAAUACCUUUGGGUCAGAUUAAAACAUUUUGCCUCUGGUAAAUUAUUUUGUAUGGAUGUUAAAAAGUUCCCAGAGGAUAAAUCUGACUCUUUUGGGUUUUUACUGAAAUAUCUCAACAAAUUUACAAAUGUGUGCAAUUAGCUAAUGUUCGCAUAGCGUUGUCAUUGAGAGCAUGUAAGCGUGCUGAUGUUAGCAUUUAUGAUCCCCUGACUUUUUAUGUAGCGCCACCAGCAGGUUAAAGUUUGAAUUUGUGGUUUGAUUUCUGUCAGAUGCGUUCAAAAUGAAUGACAUUCCCAUCAGCCUCAGCUGUGCUUUUGUUUUCAGUAAAAAAUGUGCACGUUAGCAUAAUAACACUAAGAUACUGAACAGGGUAAACAGCAUGUUAACAUUAUGAGCAUGUUAGCAGCCACUAUCAGAUUAAAAUGAGCAAUAGAGCUGCUAACACGGCAGUGGAGUCUUUGUCUUUGGUUUUGUACUGUAUUGAUUAAAAUAUACAGUAUAGAGAUUAGUCACCAACAAUGUAUAGAUUGAUUAUAUAGAAAAGAUCUAUUAAAAUCCUUUAUUUAGUCGGACAGACUACAAGUGCAAUACAAAAUGUUGUUUAUAGAAUCAUAAUUUGUUUUUUAUAUAUAUAUAUAUAUAGAUCAACUGCCACAUAAAUAACCAUUUGUUGUAGCCCAACUUCAUAACUUAACAUCAACCCCAGUAUUACUGAAGAUCCAGUAAUUCUGGAGUCCAGGUUGAGCUUAAUUUGACGUUUUGUAUAAUUGCUGAGAGUCAGAUGAUACCACUCUCAUCCUUGUGUGUUAAGCAUGAACCUGGAGCCAGGAAGCAAUUAUCUUAGCUUAGCAUAAAUACUGGAAAGAAGGGUAAACAGCCUGGCUCUGGGCACAGUUCAUAAAAAUGGCAAUACAUUUUACUAACUAAUACAUUAUACCUUAUUUGUUUAAUCCGAAAACAGAAAAGUAAAAUGGAUAUUUCGUGGUUUUCUCUUUAAUUUUCUCCUCGUGGAUUAAAACUGUUGCGACGCUACAUAAAACGUCACUGCGAUGAACUGCUGAUCAUGUUGCUCACAGUGUGAACCCCCGCAGUAAGACCUGAUGAUAAAAUGCAAUGCUGAAAAUGUUUGCAUCUACAAUAGUAAUUAAUUACUGAGCCACUUUGACAAUGUGUUUAGAAUAAUGACUGAGUGCAAGCGUGCUAAACAUAAGCUAAGGUUCACACGGGGCGGGAACGUUUCCCUCCGAGCCCUGGUGUCCAUUUAGGUCUUGAAGCUGCCCUUCCCCUGCCCCAGUCUGCACUUUAAUGCAGGUUCCACCCCCACAGGCCUGCUGUACUGAUGUGAAAACGGGGAGGGCUAUUUACUUUAGAAGGAUCCUGUCCAGAUGGGGAGAUUUCUGUUGGUCUUAAGCAUUUGGUGAUGUUUCUCUUUCUCUUGUUUUUCCCCCACAACACCUUGCACCUAUCAACCUUUCUUCUGAUCGGACGUGAUUAGUAGAAACCCUGUGUGUAUCAGUGUUAAAACACGAGGAAGGUGACAUUUAUUCUGAUUCCAUUUCGAAGGAGAAGUUGAAAGCUUUUCAUUUGGAGCUUCUUGUGUGAAAAAAAAAUAAAAAUAAACAAGCUUUUUCUUUUUGAGCUUGUUGAGUGCUCAGUU